CCCAUAAUGCAGUAAUCAUAACAGGUAUCUGUUCUUGGUGGGGUUUGAGUGGAGUAGGCAUCUGAAAAGCUCAGUUAUUGGAUGAAUUAACGAAAUAUUAUAUUAUAUAUCACUACUAGGGACAAUAAAUUAUACAAAUUUUAAAGUGUUGAGCGUAAAAAAAGGCCCAUCUCUGGCUUUCAUCCUGCCCUGGAAGCUUUUAAUGAAUUUACGUACUGCAGAGACUUGAGCCGAGGUAUGAAUACGAUGGCUUCAUCAAAUGACAGAAUUGGUGUCCACAGAGUGACUAGUCAUGCUGAACAAUUUGUUAGUCGGACUGUGAUUGUGCAGAAAGAUGAAAAUGGAUAUGGAUUUACAGUGACGGGACAUAAUCCUGUGUAUGUGCAGUCAGUUAAAGCAGAUGGUGCUGCUUCAAGGGCUGGAGUCCAAAUAAUGGAUCAAGUAAUUAAGGUGAAUGGCACACUGGUAACUCACAUGGAUCACAAAGCAGUUGUGGAACUCAUUAAAUCUGGAUCCUAUGUAGCGUUGACUUUGAGCAAUAGAGUGAGUCGUGUUAGAUCCCCUUUAAGUGACUGCCAGCACCAGUCUCCCGAGAGUCAGAGUAGACACUCCCCAAGUCGGUUGCUGUCUGGCAAUUCACUAAGUCCAGUAAGUCCCACCAGAACCUCUAUCCAGACUGAGAGAAUAACAAGACCUCAACCAGUAGAUCCCGAAAAACAGAAUCAGUUGAACAAAGACAGGUUAGACACUAUGAGAAAGAUGCUGGACAAUGAGCAAAGGUUUCUUGAGGUAAGAAAAAAAAAAGAAAAUGCUAAAAACCCAUCUGAGAAAAAUAGGCAAGAAAUUAUUGGAGCAAUAAAGCGAGUCAAAGCUAUUGAAGAACAGCUUAUUAACAUUAUAGGCGGAAAUAACACUGAAAUAUAUCCAGAUAAAUGCACUUUAGAGCUAUCACCAGCAAAUCCUCUGUUACAAGUAGAGCACACAGUACAGUCUACCACACCAGCCAACUUAACUGUACCUAUGUUUUCUUCCCAGCAUACUGGAAGCCUUAGUCCAAACUUAAGAAGACUUAUGAAAUCAUCCAGCCCUAAACCAAAACAUCCACAUUCAAGUAUGGAUGGACAGAAUGACUUUGACACACAGCAAAUUAGGAAACCAAGUGCUCCAGAAGGCUUUGCAGAGCCUCCAAGUAACAAAAGGCUUCAGAUAUCUAUGAAAGGGUUAUCUUUUGGUCAAUAUGAGGGUAAGCUAGGAAGUCCUGGUAUAUCUCCUCCUGCUACUCCUAUUCCUACAACUGAUGCAACACUUGGAGAAAGAAUAAAAGAAGUGCUAAAUGGAGAGGACUCCACAAGUCAAGAAGAGGAAGAAAAAACCUUUUUCCCUAGACCUGUGGACCUAAAGCCUUCUACAGGUGCUAUGCUAUCUUCAUCUAAUCCUCAGGUAUAUGGUACACCACCUGAAAGCUUUUGUAGCUCAAAUGUUUUAUGUGAAGUUGGAACUAUAUCACCAAUCAUGUCAAUGGAAGAUGAUGAUGAUGACUGGCCACCAGACUCUCAGCCAGGACUGCAAAAUAAGCAUGGUCCAUUUGAGACAGCCUGGAAAUUGUUGAUGCAUCCUGCACAUUUAGCCGUGUUCAUGUCUUACCUGAUCUCCAACAGUGAUCCCUCUAGUUUGUUUUUCUACCUUAUUGCACAAAUAUAUGAGGAAGGAAAUGGAAAAGAAAUGAAGAAAUGGGCUUAUGAAAUCCAUUCCACAUUCUUAGUGCCUAAAGCU